AACAGCAGCAGCAAUCCAGAAACUGAAUGUAUGUCAAAUUAGGUAUAUGUGUCUGGGCUCGUCUGGGUCCGUAACUCGCCACUAGUGCUGAACGUUUGCAAAUUCUUGGAAACUCGGAGGAAGGGAUCUGUAGUCUCAGUUCACUGUUUGCUCCCAUUUGACUGCUCAGUGGAAUCCAUGAGGUUGGAAAUUCCUGCCGGCUUCUGUAAUGAGGCUGAUGAGUCUCUGUUUAGUCAGAAAAUUGAGACUAACAUGGCUGCUUGUGCUGCUGCUUCUCAGACUGGCUGGAGCUACAAGGGAAAACAGAAAUGGAAAAUGGUUUUGUUGCCUAUCUUUCUGGUUUUAGUGCAUUUAAUCCCGGUAAACCCCAUCAGGGAAGAUGGUUUGAGUCCUAAAAGCCGAAAGAGAAUAAUGCCCGAUUUGCUGACUGAGCCUCCUGUGAUAGAUCCUGUUUAUGAAGCUCAUGUUUACUGCAAUAUUCCCACCAUUGCUGAACGCAGCAUGGAAGGUCAUGCACCUCAUUAUUUUAAGCUAGUGUCAGUGCAAGUGUUGAUUCGACAUGGCGAUAGGUAUCCGCUAUAUGCCAUUCCCAAGACAAAGAGACCUGACAUUGACUGUAUGUUGCUGCCUAGCAGGAAACCUUCUCAUCCUCAGCUUGAAGCUUUCAUUAAACAUAUGUCCAAAGGGUCUGCAGCCCAAAUGGAUGGUUCCCUAAGCAGCCUGCCUCGUUACCCUAGUCAUUCUUUGUGCGAAAUGGGAGAGCUUACACAGACAGGGGUUGUACAACACUUGCGAAACGGACAACUAUUACGAGAAAUUUAUAUAAACAAACAUAAACUGCUUCUGAGUGACUGGACAGCAAAACACCUCUACUUGGAGACAACAGGAAAAAGUCGAACCCUGCAGAGCGCGUUGGCGCUGCUCUACACUUUUUUGCCAGAUUUUGACUGGAAGAAAAUUAACAUGAGGCAUCAGUGGAGCACCAUUUUCUGCUCUGGAAACUGCGACUGUCCUAUGCGAAACCACUACCUAGAAGAGGAGCAGCGCAGACAGUACAGUUUACGGGUGAAAAACAAUGAUUUGGAGAAAAUAUAUGUGGAUAUGGCAAAGAUUGUAGGCAUUCCCACCAGGCAGCUGAGAGCUUCUAACCCAAUAGAUUCUCUCUUGUGCUAUUUUUGCCACAAUGUCAGUUUUCCGUGUACCAAAACUGGCUGCAUUGGUAUGGAACACUUCAAAGUAAUCAAAAGACAUCAGUUGGAGGAUGAGAGAGAAAGACAGGAAAAGAAACUUUAUUUCUUGUAUGCGCUAUUGGCUACUCAUCCUCUCCUCAACCAGACUGUUAAUCGGCUGCAGCGUAUUGCAGAAGGCAAGAAGGAAGAAGUAUUUGUUCUUUACUCUGCGCACGAUGUCACGUUGUCACCGGUUCUUAGUGCCUUGGGCAUUACAGAGGCCAGAUUUCCGAGAUUUGCUGCCAGAUUAGUUUUUGAGCUGUGGCAGGAUGGGAAGAGACCCAAAGAACACUUUAUCCGCAUCCUGUAUAAUGGCGCUGACGUCACAUUCCAGACCUCAUUUUGCAAGGAUUAUUAUAAACGUUCCAGCAAGCCAAUGUGCCCACUAGAAAAAUUCGUUAACUUUGUCAAGAGGGAUAUGUUCUUAGUUUUUAACAGCACUAGUUAUUAUGAUGCAUGUCGUAGAAGACCACUGUAG